AGUAAGCUUCUGGCGAUACAAAAAGAGCGCUCACUGUCACCCGACUGGCCCGGAAGUGAGAAAAUUGAAAAGCUGGUGGCAAUGGCUAUUCCUCUAUUUAUCUUCGCAGCUACGAUUUGCCGCUUUGUCGGAGAGAGAAGAUGGCGUCCAGAACAACGGCUUGAAAAGAUUCUCAACAGUGCGAGUGCAUCUUCAGAAGACGAAAUAACGCGGACAUACACGCCUAUUCUAAGCCAGCUUCUUGCUGGAGCUAAUGAGGAAGAGACACAUCAGCUGAAGAAAGAGUUCCAACAUAUAAUUGGGACUAUCAUUCUUCUAGCUUCACCUUUGUCUCUUCAUGCUCUCUCCCUGCUCAUUGAAUUCUCACUUGAUGAUAUCAAUAAUCGCUUGGACGGAUUCCACUCUGUUCUCAGUAUACCAGUGGAUUCUGAAGCACCGGUCCGGAUUCUACACUUGUCAUUUCGAGACUACCUCCUGGACAAAAAGUGCCCAUUUUAUGUUCCUGAGCAAGAUACACAUAGUAGAAUUGCUUUACAUUGUCUCCGGCUUAUGAAAACCCGGCUCAAAGAGAAUAUAUGCGAGCUGCAAAGUUACGGAAUCCAACAAGAGGAAAUCAAGCCUGAGAUCAUCAAAGACCAUCUUACUUCUGAUAUACAAUAUGCCUGUCGCUACUGGGUUCAUCAUGUUGAACAGAGCAAAGGUCGUAUUGUAGACUGUGAUGUUCUUCUUUUUCUCCAAGACCACUUUCUUCACUGGAUGGAGGUACUAGCUCUGAUGGGAGGAAUAUCAGAAGCAGUAGGAUUAGUAGAUGUAUUAAAGUCAAGAGCACAACUUGGUUCUGAGUUAUCUGAAUUUUUAUAUGAUGCGGAAAGAUUUAUUCGUCAAAAUAACUAUAUGGCAGCAAUCGCUCCACUACAGAUCUAUCGCGCUGGUCUUGUAUUUGCACCGACCAAAAGUAUUAUCAAGCAGAUAUUCGUCAGCAAAAUUAAAGAUCAUCUGGCAGUUGGAACAGCGGUUGAAAAUUCCUGGAGCUCAAAUCUCCAGACAUUUGAAGGGCAUUCCAGCACAGUCUUCUCGGUGGCCUGCUCGCCGGACGGCCGCACGCUGGCGUCAGCCUCGCGCGAUUGCACCAUUAAACUCUGGGACACGGCCACGGGCGUUGAGCAGCGCACGCUGACCGGCCAUUCUGACUCGGUUACUUCAGUGGCCUUCUCGCCGGACGGCCGCUUGCUGGCGUCAGGCUCGCGCGAUUGUACUAUUAAGCUCUGGGAUACGGCCACGGGCGUUGAGCAGCGCACGCUGACCGGCCAUUCUGACUCAGUUACUUCAGUGGCCUUCUCGCCGGAUGACCGCUCGCUGGCGUCGGCCUCGCGUGAUUGUACUAUCAAGCUCUGGGACACGGCCACAGGCGUUGAGCAGUGUACGCUGACCGGCCAUUCCAACCCAGUCCGCUCAGUGGUCUUCUCGCCGGACGGCUGCAUGCUGGCGUCGGCCUCGCGCGACUACACUAUUAAACUCUGGGACACGACCACAGGCGUUGAGCAGCGCACACUGACCGGCCAUUCCGGCUGGGUCCACUCGGUGGUCUUCUCGCCGGACGGCCGCUUGCUAGCGUCGGCCUCGGACGACCGCUCUAUUAAGCUCUGGGAUACGCCCACGGGCAUCCAGCAGCGCACGCUGACCGGCCAUUCCAACUCGGUCACCUCGGUGGCCUUCUCGCCGGACGGCCGCUCGCUGGCUUCGGCCUCGCGUGACCGCACGAUUAAGCUUUGGGAUACGGCCACGGGCGUCGAGCAGCGCACGCUGACCGGCCAUUCCGACUCGGUCAACUCGGUGGCCUUCUCGCCGGGCGGCCGCUCGCUGACUUCGGCCUCGGACGAUCGCACCAUUAAGCUCUGGGAUACGGCCACAGGCGUUGAGCAGCGCGUGCUGACUAGCCAUUCCGACUCUGUCACCUCGGUGGCCUUCUCACCGGGCGGCCGCUUGCUGGCGUCGGCCUCGCGUGAUCGCACCAUUAAACUCUGGGACACAGCCACGGGUAUUGAGCAGCGCACCCUGAUCGGCCAUUCCGACUCAGUCACUUCAGUGGCCUUCUCACCAGACGGCCGCUUGCUAGCGUCGGCCUCGCGCGAUCGCAUUAUCAAGCUCUGGAACACAACCACAGGCGUUGAGCAGCGCACGCUGACCGGCCAUUCCGACUGGGUCCGCUCAGUGGCCUUCUCGCCGGACGGCCGCACGCUGGCUUCGGCCUCAGAUGAUAACACCAUCAAGCUCUGGAACACGGCUACGGGCAUCGAGCAGCGCACUCUGACCGGUCAUACCGGCUGGGUUCGGUCGGUGGCCUUCUCGCUGGACGGCCGCUCGCUGGCGUCGGCCUCGGACGAUAACACCAUUAAGCUCUGGGACACGGCCACGGGCGUUGAGCAGCGCACGCUGACCGGCCAUUCCCACUUGGUCAAAUCGGUUGUAGAGCAAUUUACUCCCAAAUAUCCUAUCUCUGUCGCGGAUUCUUGGGUCUCUCUACGAGGUCAAAGGGCCCUGUGGCUUCCUACUGACCAUCGUCCUUUUGUGUGUUUUGCUAUUGAGGAUACUAUGCUUGCUCUUGGGUUAAAUAGUGGGCGCGUUCCAAUAAUAAGGUUUGGUUUUUGAUAGGGGUAUAUCUUUGUACUCUACUCCAGUCUCUUGUUUUCUGAUCUCUUUCUAAAAGAAGGGCAUGGGAUCUGCAACGCCUUUAUACUAUUACUCAGUACAGCCGUCCGUACACAGUACAUGUUAUCACAGUACACAGUAACGUUACGAAAGAUUGUUGUUCCAUCCGGUUUCCAGGUUAGGUCUAGCGUGGUUUUAUCUUGGGGUUGCUGAAACAAUCAAAGAGUAUAUAUCGGUAAUGACACCAGUAUCCGGAAGCCCUGUAUAAAUUUAUCGUACCGAAGUACUGUAGUAGAGUAGCUGUAAUCCCCGCAA